UGCUCCUGUUCAGUCGCUUCUGGGUCCCACUGCUCUGCGGAGGGAGGUAACACGCGCGGCGCGCGACCCGAGUUUACGGACUUCGUAAUGCAAAUUUCAAUCGCAGUGUGCUUGAACUUGUUACUGAAACAUGUGCUAGUUAUGGCCCAAAAUUUUGUGUGAAUUAGGAUUCUUAUAAGUUCCUAAUGGACAUGGGUGUCAUUCCGAAAAGACGUCGGGCUGUCAGUGACACACCAGACACCCUCUCAACGCAGCCGCAGGUGCCUGAGCUAUCAGAUGAGCAUAAGCAAGCGGAAGGCUGCAGGCCAGGUCUCUGUGGACAAGAAGCAGCAUGCCAUCCAUUACCGAACAAAAACUACACCUGUGUGUGCCCGCACGAUGGUUCAGAGCCCACAAAAGAUCUCAAGUGUCCAAACAGGAUGACAGUUGCUGCGACGCCUAAGCCAAUACACAUUGGCAUUUUGAUCCCACCGAACGGAGCAAAUUCCACGGCCCGCAACGUAACGACAGCGCCGCAGGCCGGCAGAACAGUUCAAGAGGAACCCUUGCCGACGCUGAGUUACCUUGUGAUAUGGAUCCUUGGACUCGCGCUAGUGGCGCUAAUUGUCUUGGGUACCGUGUGUCUAUGGAAACGGAAGGAAAUGGGUAGAUGUGUCACUCGGAGCGGCAAAGCUCGGCAAUCAUCAUCUGGCAGCCCAUCUCCUCUUAGCCUCAGCAAAGGUCUGCUGGUGCCGAAUCGGUACACUCCCAAUCCUCAGUACAGCGCAUGCGCAACCCCCGACACUGUUCUAGUGCCUCAACUGCCCAGAGAAAAGCUCUGCUUCCUCCAGGAAAUUGGUGAAGGAUGUUUUGGAAAGGUUUAUAAAGGUGAACUGAGAAGAGAGGACGGCCAGCAGCCAGAGAUCGUGGCUGUCAAAGUGUUGAAAGAGACGGCGACCCGAGAGGCCGAAGAGGAUUUUAUGAGAGAGGUGGACAUCAUGAGUGCCUUCCGCCACAGCAACAUACUCUCCCUCAUAGGCGUUGUCCUCAGAGACGCGGGCAACAGCCCCUGGAUGGUGUUCGAGUUCAUGCCGUACGGUGACCUGGCCGAAGUUCUGCGGAGAAAUAGCCGACAGUUCUGGAAGCCCAUCCGUGGGCUGGCGCCGCUGACAAAGGACAUGCUGUUGUCAGUAGCCCUGCAAAUCUCCGCGGGGAUGCAGUACCUGGCAGGACAGCGCUUCGUGCACCGCGACCUGGCUUGUCGCAACUGCCUCGUGGGAGCAGGACUCACUGUGAAAAUCGCUGACUUCGGCAUGAGCCGUGACGUAUACACAUGCGACUACUACAAGAUCGGCGGUUCUCGGCUGCUACCUGUCAGAUGGAUGUCGCCCGAAAGUGUCAUGUAUGGGCGAUUUACCCUGGAAUCCGACGUGUGGUCAUAUGGCGUAGUCCUGUGGGAGAUAUACAGCAUCGGCAAGCAGCCCUACUACGGCCAGUCAAACGAAGAGGUGGUGAAACUUAUCCUACAAGGAAUUAUGUUGAUACCUCCAGAGGAUUGCCCUCAAGUCAUCUGGGAUCUGAUGCGUUCCUGCUGGAAAACAGAACCAAGAGACCGAAUUCGGUUUCCAGAUAUCUACAUUCGCUUGAAGAAGGCCCAGGAAGAAGCAGAACAGUCUCCUGCAAUCACAUCAAUGCCAUUAUCGCCCUCGCUGUCAUUAUUUCCUCCACAAAUGAAUCAACAUUGCACAUUAUCAUCAUCACCAUCUUCAUCUUCAUCAUCAUCAUCAUCAUCAUCAUCAUCGUCGUCACCAUCCUCAUCCUCAUCAUCCUCAUUUAUGCCCCAGUCAGAGCCACUACCAAAACCUCCGGGAGCAUUGCCAUUACAGGACUUGGGCACCAAAACAGCAGAACUCUUAGACAGAGAAAACUACUUGCUGCCACAAAUACCUCCUGCAUCAAGGCGUGAAUACUUGCAACCCUUACCAGACUGAUGAACUUUCAUCAGCACUCUUGUGUUGUGGUCUCUCAAAUUAUUCCGUGGGCCUCAUUAUUCCUAGUCGAAUGAGUUAUCUAUCUGUGGUGUUGGAAAAUCGGAGUGAGAUUAAAUAUACUCAGAGCUUAUAUGGAAAGCAGGAACUGUGUCAUACAGCAUUUCAUAAGUAAAUAACUAGAUGCAAUAGAAAAAUUAUUAAUAUUGAUUUUUUUAUAAUUACAAGAAGUAAUGAUCAGAGCAUAAAAGGCUCUCUUAAAAAUUAUUUUUCUUGUUUCUAAAUAUAAUUUAUGGUGUAAGUUGUGUAAGAAUCGUGAUAUUCAUUGUACUUAUUAAUGGAAUAAUAUCUUUUCCCUGAUUCACCUGAUAUUUUUGUUAAACCCUGAUUAUACAUCAUGCCAAUUAGUCAUGUACACAUGGCAGCUCUUCUCCCCAUACAGGCAAUAGUAACCACAAAAUUCUGCUGAAAGUUCUUUUCAUUCUACUGUCAAUGUUUGGCACAUUCUAAAUUCUUCAUGUUACUAACAUUACAUUCAGGACUGACAUUUACUUCAUUUAGCUAAGAAAUAAUUAGAUGCACUGUAUUUUGAAAGACAAGGGGUAAUUUGUAAUUUUGUUACAUAAUUUAUAUUUUCAGUGAACAAAACUGAUUUUAUGGACAGUCUGGUUCUUGAUGCUGAACAUAUGCAAUCCCUAAUGAAGGUAAUAUACACGUAGUAUUCUGCCAGACAGCUAGUUUUCUGACUCUUAUUGUUAACUUUGUCUCCAAGUAAGAUUUUCAACAGAAAGUGAAAAGAACUGUAAUGAUUCCAUUUUCAGAUAACUCCACCCUUAUUUCAGGUGAAAUUUCAUAUACAAAUAAUUAAAUCAAAUGAAUCACUGAGGCCAUGGAUUAAUAUUAUUAAUAAAAUAAUUUUGUUUG